AUGCCACGCACCUACGAAGAAGAAUGCUCGUAUAUUGAUAGACUCAGUGAUGUUAAAUUUCAAAUUAAAAAGGGUUUUGUCCCUAACAUGAACGUUUGUUUUUAAAUUUUUUUUUUUGAUGUUAAAAUAAUUUUUCAGGUUGAAGGUCGAUUCUAUGUGAACAAAAAUUUGGAGGGCUUGAUGUUUGACGAGUUGAAGCAAGCCGUCGAUGGUGGAGGUGGAUCUUAUUUGAAUACAAACGAAAGGAAAUUCAUUUUCUCAGGAAUUGGCGGUUUUUUGCCAGCCGUUCGUCAGAUUGCGAACGUUGCCUCAUUGCCGGGAAUCGUUGGGCAUUCGGUAGAGCUUUUAAAUUUAAAUUUUUAAAAGUACAUGGAUUUUACAGAUAGGACUGCCCGAUAUUCAUUCGGGAUAUGGAUUUUCUAUCGGGAAUAUUGCUGCUUUUGAUGUGGCCGAUCCACAAUCUGUCAUUUCUCCGGGUUUAAAAGCUUGGAAUAUAUUUUUGAAUCAAAAUUUCGAUUUAGGAGGAGUCGGUUUUGAUAUAAAUUGCGGGGUGCGGCUGCUCCGGACCAAUUUAUUUGAGAGCGAUGUCGCGCCGGUUAAGGUUUAGGCAUUAAAUUGGAAUAAAAGUGUUAAAAAUGAAUUUUUUCAGGAACAACUCGUUCAAUCUUUGUUUGAUCAUAUUCCUGUCGGAGUUGGGUCUCGUGGAGCGAUUCCAAUGGGCGCCCGGGACCUUAUUGAGUAAGAUUUUUGGGAAAAAUGGGCUGAAAAUUUUAUUUUUUCUACUAAAACGCUUUAAAAUUGUCUUAGAUUUCCAUAUUUUGCUCAUAAAUAGUUGGAUUUUUCGGCCUUUUGAUCGCUUUUUUCAAAAUAUUUUUGUUUGCGAAAUUCCACCGACCGCAACGCAUUGAGCCAUUCCAAAUGCGACGUUUCAAGUUUUUUUUUUCCAGAUGUCUCGAAAUGGGAAUGGAUUGGACUCUGCGAGAAGGCUACUCCUGGGCCGAAGACAAGGAACACUGCGAGGAAUACGGUAAGUUUUAAAGGCGCAGGAGGGAACACAGAAAAGUGUUCUACAACGAAUUAAAAAUUUUAGGCCGUAUGUUACAAGCGGACGCCUCGAAAGUGUCAAUGAGGGCCAAAAAACGUGGUUUGCCGCAGGUACAAGAUGCAAAUCAAUUUUUUUCAGUUUGGAAAAAAAAUUAUUCAAAAGAAUGGUUGUUGACAAAAAACGCUCAUUUUUUCACUGGCUUAAAAAAAGUUUCAUUCGAUUUGAAACAGGGAGAAAAAAGUUAGAUUUUUUUCAUAUUUCCGCUACAGUAAUCCACAAAAGGGGCGGAGCUUGUCAGAAAUCUAACUUAACGUUUUAGAAGCUUAUGUAGCUGUUGUGAUAAAAUUAUGAGCUCGAAAAAAGAAACGUGAAUUUUUAGUGACAAUGGUUCAUCACGUAUGUUAACUGCGAAAAGUAGCCACUUAAGAGGCUCCUCAAGGACACUAAAGUGGCCACUAAAACCACCUUGGUAGAAGCCGCUAAUUUAGUGGUCUAAUAAUACAACUUAGACAUCCAAAAGGGCCUCUAAUUUUUAGUCUUUGAGUGGCUACCAAUUCGACUACUAUAGUGGCCACUGGAACUUCAAAACCCUAAAGUGACCACUAGAAACUCCCAAAGUGUUCCAGCUCGGAACCCUUGGAGCCGGAAAUCAUUACGCCGAAGUUCAAGUCGUCGAUGAGAUCUAUAACGAUCAUGCGGCCAGUAAAAUGGGUAUCGAUGAAGUUGGUUAGUGAAUUUUUGAAUAUUUCAGGCUUUUCACUUAAGGUCUCACUUUCUCAAAAAAUAUUUUCUCAUGGGCGUUUGCAGCUGAAUUUGUGUGCAGAAGUUUGAAAAUUUUGAUUUUUCGGGUAAAUUGAUCAUGUUAAUUUUAGUUGUCCAAGAAGACGUUAAGAAAAUUGAGAAAAUACGCUUUUUUUAAUUUUAAUAAUUUUGAACCAAAUUACACGCGUUUUCUACCGAUUUUUAGUUCAAAACUGGAAGUUAGAGCAAUUUCAAGACUUUUCAGCUCAAAUAUGUUGAAUAUAACUGUAUGAAAAUGCUUUCUGAUAUACUUUUAUCAGCAUUUUUGGCCUUUUUCUUCUAAUUUUUUUGUAAAUUUGUGCUAUUCAAGCCAAGUAGUCGUGAUUUUACACUGUGAACUUUGAAAUUAAAUAGAUUUUUUUUAGGCAUUUUAGGCCAAAAAGUUGUAGUUUCGCCCUUUAAAAUUUGUGAUAAUGUUCUUUUUUGUAAAUUUGUGCUAUUUUAGGCCAAGUAGUCGUAAUUUUACACUGUAAACUUUGAAAUAACCUUAUUUUUUUGAUCAUUUUAGGCAUUUUAGGUCAAGUAGCUGUCACUUUACUUUGCAGAGCUUCGAAAUGAAUAUAUUUUCCGUUAAUUUGUAGUUUUUAGGCCAAUCAGUCGUGAUUUCACACUGUAAUCUUUGAAAUUAAAUUGGUUUUUGAAUCGUUUAGGCAUUUUAGGCCAAAAAGUUGUAGUCUUACUUUUUUAAAUUUGAGAUAAUGUUCAUUUGUUGUAAAUUUGUGCUAUUUUAGGCCAAUUAGUCGUGAUUUCACACUGUAAACUUUGAAAUUAACUCGAUUUUUUGAUUAUUUUCGUAAUUUUAGGACAAGUAGUUGUGAUUUUACACUGUGAAACUUCAAUUUGAAGGUGUUUUCUCCUAUUUUUUAGUAUUUUAGGCCAACAAGUCGUGAUAUUUCAUUGACAGCUUCCAAAUAAAUAUAUUUCCGUUCAUUUUCGUAAGUUUAGGCCAUGUAGUUGUAGUUUUACACUGUAAACUUUGAAAUUAACUUGAUUUUUGACCAUUUUAGGCCAGGUAAUUGACAUUUUACACAGCAGAGCUUCGAAAUAAUAUAUUUUUCGUCAUUUUGUAGUUUUUUAGGCCCAGCAGUCUUGAUUUUGCACGGUGAAAAUUUAAUUUAAAGACAUUUUCCGUCAUUUUUGACUAUUUUAGGCCGACCAGUCUUGAUAUUUCAAUAAAAAUGUCAAAAUAAAUAUGUUUUUGGGUAAUUUAAAGCCAAGUAGUGCUGAUAAUUCAUUGUGGAACUCCGUAAAUUGAACUUAUUUUACAGUAUUUUAGGCCAAGUAGUAGUGAUUUUUACACUGUAAACUUUGAAAUCAACUUGAUGUUUUGAUCAUUUCAGGUCAAGUAGUUGGCAUUUUACUUAGCAGAGCUUCGAAAUAAUAUAUUUUUAGUCAUUUUUGUAGUUUUUUUAGGCCCAGCAGUUUUGAUAUUAACUUCGAAAUUACAAUAUUUUCCGUUGAUUUCCGUAAUUCUAGGCCAAGUAGUCGUGAUGCUGCACUGCGGAAGCCGUGGUUUGGGCCAUCAGGUGGCCACUGACGCCUUGGUUGAAAUGGAACGAGCCAUGGCUCGCGACAACAUUUUCGUCAACGACAAACAGCUCGCCUGCGCUAGGAUCAGCUCUAAAGAAGGUUUUUUGGAGAAGAAAUGAUCGAAAAAUGGGCAUUUUAAGGACAAGAUUACCUGGCGGGGAUGGCGGCCGCCGCCAAUUUCGCCUGGGUCAACCGAUCUUGCAUCACUUUUUGCGUUCGGCAGGCCUUUUCGAGGGUUUUCGACAUGUCGGCCGAUGAUAUGGAUAUGCAGGUGAGAGGGAGGAACGAGUAGAAUAUUUGGAAAAAAGGUUUUUGAGGGAAAUCGAGGGAAUUUCAGCUUCCUAAGGAACUCCAGAGUGGCCACUUAAGGACUCUUGGAUCUCUGGGGACAACUUUAUUGAACCCUAUCGUGGCCAAUGAAGCUUACAAAAGUGGUCCCUGUAGGGGACAUGUCGAUAAUUGUUUUGAACUCUAAGCGAAGAAGCAUUUCCAUGGGAAAAGCUGAAUAGAUCAUCGUUUUGUGAAUGAAAUUGAAAGACCCCUAUAGGGUCCACUUGAGCUUUGGAGGCUAAAGGGUCAGAUCCUAAACUUCUAUAGGGACCACUUUUUUGGCCCCUAUAGGGGUUUUUUGUCCGAAGAGUUGAAAAGUUGUUACGUUAGCUUGAUCAUUUAACGAAAAAUUAGAAUCUCUAAAGCUAAAAUGGGCUUUGGAGCGUAAGUAUUUUCUCGUCGGGCGCAAAUGUCAGUUAACCUUUUCAUUAGCUGUUUUCAAUUUUUUUUCAGUAGACUGAUAUCAGAAUCGUCUUGAAAAAAGCUUGGCGAAGUUUCAUUCUAAUCGUAUAGUUGAUUCACGGCUGGCUUGAGCCAUCGAGAAAAGGGUCCUGCCACGAAAAGAGACGAGGCAGUGCCCUGGUUAGUGGAGAGUGCAGACAGGCCACGCCUUUUUGCGUCCCAAGCUAGCCGUGAAUUGUCUAUACAAUUUUAAGGCGGCUUAAUAGAUUUCAUGAAAUCAUGGGCUCGUUUUUUGGAACUCUAUGGGAGAUAAAGCUCAAAGAACUUUUCAAAACCGUGAAAAUUGAAAUUUUGGUCCAGAAAAUGUACCAAUAAGGUGUCUUUUUCUCUAUUUUCCAGAAUGGAGGUGUAUUUUAUCAACUUUUUGAUCAUUCUUUUCUUGACAACGUUGUGAAAACGCCUUUUUUCUUUUGAGUAAAGACUUUUUUGUCAGGCAACCUCUCUGAAGGUUUUUAGGUCCUUCUUUCAUGAAUUCACCUAACUUCGAUUUAAGAUGAUCUACGACGUUUCGCACAACGUGGCGAAAAUGGAAGAACAUCUGAUAAAUGGCCGUCCCAGACGGCUUUGUGUCCAUCGGAAAGGUGCCACGAGAGCUUUUCCGGCCCAUCACCCACUGAUUCCCGUUGAUUAUCAGUUGACUGGUUGGUUUUUCAAAAAGAGUUUCGAUUCCUUGAUGAAACUUGGCGGAUACAUCAUUAAAAAAAUUUUUGAUUUUUCAUUGUAGGAAAAAAAGGGUUUUUUUCAAUUAUUAAUUGAGAUAUAUUGACCGAAAAUCGACAUUCCUUCCAACUAGGAAACCUUUUUUUACCCCCCGCGGUUAAAAAUUUUUGAGAAAACUUUGCUAGAGUGACUUUUUGUACUUCCUGAUUUCAAAAGAAGAAAAAAAUUUUUUUGACAAUGAAUCGGCUUUACGAGAUACGACGCUUAAAAAUUUUUUUGAAAUAGGGCUUUUUGUUGUAAUUUGCGUAUUUUGCUGUCUUUGAAGCUUUAUAAAUCGAAAACCGGAUAUAUUGCGAGAAAUUUUUUUCUUUUUUUCUGCAAUCAGGAGGUCCUAAAAGUACACUUCAGCCAAGUUUCAUCAAAAAAAGUUCAAGGGGGGUGUAAAAUGGUUUCCUCGAAAGGGGGAAUUUUUUUGAACUUAAAGUCUUCAGGAUUCGGACAGAAACGUUCUCGUUGAAUUCACUAGGCUCUAUGGUAUUUUUGACAAGUUCCUGCUCAAAAAAAUUUUUGGAGGGGGUAAAAUGGUUUCCUUGAAAGGGGGGGCAACUUUUCAGAUUAAAAAAAUUUUUUUGAACUCGGGUAGAAGUGUUUUCGUUGAAUUUUUGUAGGCUCUAGGAUAUUUUUUGGCAAGCUCCUGAUCAAAUAAUUUUUCCAGGACAACCGGUACUCAUCGGCGGCAGUAUGGGCACUUGCAGUUAUGUUCUGACUGGAACCGACCAAGGAAUGGUCGAAACUUUCGGGACCACUUGUCAUGGGGCUGUAUGUUUUGAUUUAUAUUCAUUUACAGCUUCCUAGAAUUUUUUGAAGCUUUACUACCUUCGAAAAUAAUUUUUUAGAGGCUUCUGACCACUAUAGGGAUUCAAAUGAAGCUCUUGAGUCUUCAAAAAUAAGAAUGACCAUUUUAGGAGUUUCAGUUGAUCUCUAGGAUUUUCAAAAAUAAGAGUGACCACUAUAGGGAUGAAAAAUAAGCUCUUGGAUCUUUAGAACUAACAGUGACCAUUAUAGGGUUUUAAAUUGAGCUAUUGGAUCUUUGAAAGUAAGAGUGCUCCCUAUAGGGCUUUAAAUAGAGCUUUUGAAUUUUUAAAAAUGAAAGUGACCUCUAUAAAGAUUCAAACUGAGCCCUCGGAUUUUUAUAACAAACAGUGACCACGUCAAUGAGAGGUGAUGCGAAUCGGCUGAAAGAUAGUGGCCACUUUAGUGUUAUAAAUGAAGCUUGGAGAUUUACUGAAAAGACUUUAAAGGCAUAGGGGCAGUAAAAAACGGUGUUUCAGUUCAAAGCGGUUAUUCAUAGAGCUUUUGAUUGCGAAUCGAACGGUGAACUUGAAAACGUACAGAAGUUCCUAGUUUUGAAGAAAAAAUUAUUCAAAGUCGGAGAGAGGAAAGUUUUAGUUCCCGCGAAAAGGGCGUUUUGCAGUAAAGUUGCUCCAUGGACAACAGGCUUCGCCAUUUUUCGCAUUUUCGCUUUUUUAUUCGUUGCUAUCAAUUUUAAAUUUUUUCUGUUGUCACCAAAGUUCUUUCCGUCACAAAAGCUUUCUAUUCAUGUAUAAUUUGCCAACUUUGAUCGCAAAAAUGCUUUUCUGGUGAAAAAUGAUGACUUUACACAGGUUUCGAUUGGGAUAGCGAUUAUUUGUGUUUUCUUUAUUAUCAUUGUAUGUUUUCUGAUUUCUUGAUCGAUUUUUCAGAGAAGAAACCCUUAAUUUGAAGCAGAAAUCCGGUUAUUUCUCACAAAAUGCGAGUCUAAUGAGACUUCCGCAACAUCGCGUGCACGGCUACUGUAAACAGUUGUCUGAGCGCCGAUCCAAAGCUUUUUUCAAAAUUAAAGGCGGGAAAGUAAAACAGCGUUUUUCUUCUAAAGUUGUCACAUCUGUAAUUUUUUUGAGUACACCAUUCGAUUCGCAAAGAAAAACUAUAUAAGAUACUGCUUUCACCUGAAACCCCAUUUUUUACUGCCCCUAUGCCUUUAAGUAACACCUUAAGUGACCAAUAUAAUUAUAUCAGUUCAACGCAUUUUUUGCAAAUUUUGAUCACUUCCAGGGAAGAGCGUUGUCGCGCGCGAAAUCGCGUCGCAGCAUUCCGUGGGACGCGGUGAUUGAAGACCUCGGCAAGAAGAAUAUCUCGAUUCGUAUCGCUUCCCCCAAACUCAUCAUGGAAGAGGUUGAUCAAAGUCAUUGAUUUUGGAGAAAUAAUCGAUUUUUUCAGGCCCCGGAAUCGUAUAAAAACGUGACCGACGUCGUGGAUACCUGUGACGCGGCUGGAAUCAGCAAAAAAGCCAUCAAAUUGCGUCCGAUUGCUGUUAUCAAGGGAUAA